AUGGCACGAAGAAUAGCAGGCAUUUCAACGGCUAUUGCAUUGCAAGAGCGCCUUAGAUAUGCCAGCUUUACGAUCUACGAAAGGGCUGGCGAUGUAGGCGGGACAUGGCGGGAUAAUACAUACCCUGGCUGCGGAUCAGAUGUCCCCGGCCACGCAUACUCACUUUCAACCGAGCUAAAUCCGAGCUGGUCGAGUUACUUGGUUUCGCAGCCAGAAAUUCGCGCAUAUUGGGAGGCCCUAUUCCACAAACACAAUUUGGGCAGGAAAACACUCUUCAAUCAUGACAUCACAACACUCCAAUGGGACCAAGGGGAACAGUUGUGGCGGUUGACCGCGGUUGACCGCUUUAACAACACGGAGAAGGAAGUAGAAGCCCAUAUAGUCGUGUCGGCCAUAGGCGGAUUCAUGUACCCUCUGUUUCCCGACAUUCCGGGCCAAGAGUCUUUCAAGGGACUGACGUGGCAUUCCGCGCGCUGGAGACAUGACAUAGAUCUCAAGGGGAAGAGAGUCGGAGUUAUUGGUAACGGCUGCUCCGCAGCGCAGCUUAUACCCAAAGUAUCAGAGGAUCCUACCGUCGAAGUGAUUAAUUUCUGCAGAACGCAGCAAUGGUACAGCCCAAGAAUUCAAUACACAUAUCCUCCUUGGGCUAGAUGGAUUUUCUCGCAUACCCCACUCGCCACGCGUUUGUAUCGGAUUUGGUUGAUGGUCAAGGUAUCGCUUCUGUCUGUCCUGGUUGCCACUGUGUAUCUAAUUUUAUGGUUUCAGGUAUUUUCUAGCUAUAUGAAGAAGACGGCACCCGAAGAGUACCACAAAUACCUGAUCCCUUCAUUUCCCCCGGGCUGUAAACGUAUAAUUAUUGAUCCCGGCUUUCUCGAGAGUCUUCACAGACCUAACGUUUCGAUGGUCUGGGACGGUAUCGAGAGAAUUGAGGAGUCGGGGAUCAAGCUGCGGACAGGAGAGCAAGUGUCUCUGGACGUCAUCGUCUUCGCAACUGGGUAUGGCCUGAAUCCAAAGCUUCCGAUGAGCGGGAAGAACAAACUCAACCUGCAAGACUUUUUCGCGUCUCAAGGUGGGCCCACUUCGUACAUGGGCACAUGCGCACCGGGAUUCCCAAACUUGUACACACUACUUGGACCGAACGUGGCUACAGGCCAUUCCUCCGUGAUUUUUAGCGAGGAGGUUCAGAUACAAUGGGUGCUGCAGUUAAUAAAGCCUGUGAUCGAUGGGGCCGUCAAGUCCCUUGAAGUAAGCCAGGAGGCAUUCCAUGAAUACAAUGCAUGGCUUCAGGAGCGGUUGAAGAACUCGGUCUGGACGGAAUGCCACUCUUAUUAUCGGUCCGAUAGGAGGGAGGGCAAGGUUGUCGCCAACUUCCCGGGACCGAUGUCAUUGUUUUGGUGGAUUCUACGCAAGCCAAGAUGGAACCAUUUCGUCCUUGUCGGUGGAGAAUCUUGGAUCAGGCAGCAAAGUCGCGCUCGCCGGAUCCGACUUCUUGGGAUAUUUGUGGGUUUCUUGGCUCUCGUCUGCACCGGCCUUGCGAGCAGUGACAGCAUUCGUCAAGGCCUGAAGUUCUGGAUGCAGCAGGUGAGCGUCUCGAGCAUCGUGGGAUGCACGUGUAUCGACAGCUUCGAUUCCAAGGUCUUUGACAUGGAGGGAUGGAAAUGA